ACAAUAAUAACCUCGCCUACCACCAAAAAAAAUACUGAAAGUUGGGUUGAACAAAACCAACCCUCUUUUCUCUUCUUUACAUACAACAAUCGAAUCGAUCAACGCACGCAUUUUCGAUUGAUUCUCUUCAAUGGCACUCUCGCGCCUUCGCCACCCUCUCAUCUCUCAUUCCCUUCGUAUCCUCUCUUCCUCCACCAGAUCCAUUUCUCGAACUCCGAAUUCAAGGAUUUAUUCUGUCGGUGGUAAUGGGAAUCUAAGGCCUACAUCUUGGUCUAGGCUUACUGGAGUAUGUGAUAGACCCUUGAAGUCAAAGUGGAUUGGUGUCAAAUUCUUCUCAUCUUCAGAUUUUCCGCAUGAAGUCCUUGGCAUGCCAGCUUUAUCUCCUACAAUGACCCAAGGUAAUAUUGCAAAAUGGAGGAAAAAAGAAGGGGAUAAGAUAGCAGUGGGUGAUAUACUAUGUGAAAUUGAAACUGACAAAGCUACACUUGAAUUUGAAAGUCUUGAAGAAGGAUUUCUGGCUAAGAUAUUGGUACCUGAUGGUUCAAAGGAUGUGCCAGUUGGACAACCGAUUGCAAUAACAGUUGAGGAGGAAAGCGACAUUCAAAAUGUCUCUGCUUCUGUGGGGGAUGAGAGCAAGGUUGAGGAGAAGAAACCAACAAAUCAGGAUGUUGCGGAUGAGGAAAGUAAACCAGAAUCAACUUCUACAAUUGAUACAUCAGAUCUUCCACCCCACGAAAUUCUCGGAAUGCCUGCUUUGUCCCCAACAAUGAACCAAGGAAACAUUGCUAAAUGGAAUAAAAAAGAAGGAGACAAGAUUGAAGUGGGUGACAUAUUAUGCGAGAUAGAGACAGACAAAGCUACCCUUGAAUUUGAAAGUCUUGAAGAGGGAUACUUAGCUAAGAUAGUUGCACCAGAAGGUACAAAAGAAGUGGCAGUUGGACAGCCUAUUGCAAUAACAGUUGAAGAUGCGGGUGAUAUUGAAGCUGUAAAGAAUUCUUUUAGCAGCAGCUCAGUAAACCAAAAGGAGAAGGCCCCUCAACCCAGCACUAAAAGUGAGGUCAAAACUCACAAAAACAAUACCGCACGGAUCAGUCCAGCUGCAAAGUUGCUAAUUACGGAAUAUGGAUUGGAUGCAUCAACAUUGAACGCAACUGGUCCUCUUAGCACCCUACUGAAAAGCGAUGUUCUUUCUGCAAUUAAAUCAGGAAAAUUGUCUCCAAAACCUGCUUCAUCUAAAGCAAAGGCUCCAUCAUCUCAAAGUCAUCAAGCAGCAGCUUCACAUGAGUCAAAGUCUGACUUAAAGCAGUCAGAAGCUUAUGAAGAUUUUCCUAAUAGUCAAAUUCGCAAGGUGAUUGCCAAGAGAUUAUUGGAAUCUAAAAUAAAUACACCACACUUAUAUUUAUCAUCAGAUGUUAUACUGGAUCCUCUUCUUUCCCUUAGAAAGGAUCUUAAAGAGCAGUAUGAUGUAAAAGUUUCAGUAAAUGACAUUAUUAUCAAAGUUGUAGCGGCUGCUCUAAAAAAUGUACCAGAAGCAAACGCAUACUGGAGUGAUGAGAAGGGUGAAGUCAUCUUAUGCGAUUCUGUUGACAUAUCAAUAGCAGUUGCCACUGAAAAGGGCUUGAUGACUCCAAUAUUAAAAAAUGCCGAUCACAAGACAAUAUCUGCCAUCUCUUCAGAGGUCAAGGAACUGGCUGCAAAAGCACGUGCAGGCAAGUUGAAGCCUCAAGAGUUCCAAGGAGGGACUUUUAGCAUUUCAAACUUAGGAAUGUAUCCCGUGGAUAAAUUCUGUGCAAUUAUAAAUCCCCCACAGGCUUGCAUUCUUGCUGUAGGGAGAGGCAACAAAGUUGUAGAACCAGUAAUUGAUGCUGAUGGAAUUGAGAAGCCAUCAGUUGCUACUAAGUUGAACUUAACAUUAUCUGCCGAUCAUCGCGUCUUUGAUGGCAAAGUUGGAGGUGCAUUUCUCUCUGCUCUGAAGUCAAACUUCAGUGAUAUAAAACGACUUCUUUUAUAAUGACAUACACCAAACUUUCCUGGUGUUUGAUUAUUGUGCUUCUCAUGACAAAUCAUGUUGAUUAACCACAACAUGGCUGGGAGUUGCAUAACAUAAUCAUUUUUGUGCAUUUUAUUUAUACUUGGGUAACAGUUUUCAUUUGUCGUACCUUUAAUGGUUUUUGUAAAAUAAUAUAUUGGGUGUCAUUACCCAUAUCUUGAGGAAAUACCCACCACCAAUGUACCAUCUAACAUUAGGCUUCCAACAUAUAUGAGAUUCCAGGAUGUUGGUAAUUUUGUUAAUUAGGCAGAUUUUUUGCCUUUUGAAUAAUUUUAUAUGAACAGCUUUGUAUAGACAGAAUAAAUAUCAACAUUAUUUGAUGAAUAAAAGUUACAUUCA